AUGUUCUUUUCCACGUUAAUUGUCAUAUUUAAAUCCACAAUCGGACAAGAUGGCGGUGAGACUGUUAGCCAAUACAGACCUGGUGUAGGAGCUGGAGUGCCAACGAAUAUACCUAUAUACGGAACUGGUCAGAUAUAUGGAACUGGGCAGGGAUAUGGUACUGGACAGGGAUAUGGAACUGGAGCUCCCACUGGAGCUUCUGCUGAUGUUGGAGUUGUAGUUGGAACUGGCGUUUUACCAGCAGGCGUAGCCGAGCUUUUGCCUGCAGUUAAGGUGCAAGCUGAUGCAGUGCCAGGUGCUGCUGGAGCUACUUCUAGCUCUACAGCUGGAGCUAUACUUUUAGAAGCAACAAGAGCUGGAACUUUACCUGGCGUUGGGUCUGCUGUUAGAACUAUACCAAUAGUCACAACAGGCGCUGGAGUUUCGCCAUCCGGUAGAGCCGGUACUGGAGUUCCCGCUGGAGCUUCUUUCGAUGUUGGAGCUGUAGCUGGAACUCUAUCUACUACCUCUACGGCUGGAGCUAUACUUUUAAAAGAAACAAGGGCUAGAGCUUUACCUGGCGUUGGAUCAGAGCCUGAAGUCAUGCCAGCAGUUAAUUGUCAUAUUAAAGCUAUACCAUCAGGCGGGGCUCGGAAUGUUUUAGGCGAAAAUGCUGCCUAUGGUUCUGGAUAUGGUUCUGGAAACGUGCCUGGAUACGGACAGUAA